GCUGCUAAGCGAUAUUAAUUAUCCCCUAUCAGAUUCAGUAGGCGUGACAGACGUCUAAGCCGCAUAAGUUAAUUGCAAUUAAGCGAAAAUCCCCUGGGAGUUCGAUCCAAAGUUAGUACGAUAGGGUCUGGGAAUGGUACCACCAAUCUGGGUCAGUUAACGCGCAACAGUUUACCUGCGUGAUAAGGUCGUCCCCGUCCGAAUUUAGCGUCACUGAUCAGAGAAGAAUCUAACUGUAAAAUUAAAAACAUCCGUCCAGGAAGCCCUCAGCAUGGCACCCUUUCUAGAUAUUCUAGGAAAAACCUGGAAAGGGAUUCGACAAGAUGACGACUUUGCUAACCGCCUCAACCAUCGCUACACAGCAAUCAUCUUCAUAGUUUUCGCCGUCGUGGUCAUGUCCGCCAGCUAUGUGGGUGACCCUAUUCACUGCUGGAUGCCGGGAGAAUUCAAAGACUCUCACAAAUCGUACGCCAACAACUACUGUUGGAUCAAAAACACGUAUUAUAUCCCGUUCGAGGAACGUAUUCCGGGCGCGGAUCUACCCAGGCCACACAUCGGAUACUACCAGUGGGUCCCUAUCGUCAUGCUGCUGCAGGCUCUUCUCUUCUAUUUCCCCGUCGUUUUCUGGCGGCUGAUGAGCGGUGCCACGGGAAUAGACGUCCAUGCCAUUGUCAAAGGUGUCAGCGGUCUUGAUUACCUUGAUCCAGAGAAGAGAGCCACGGUAAUCAAAUACCUAGUACGCCAUAUGGACCGUUACUUCGGUCACAAGAAAGACAGAGAUCGCGAAUGCUUUGGCAGUUUGAGAACCAUCAUAACUAAUAUGCUCAUAUGUUGUGGGGUAGGGAAAAGAUUUGGCAACUAUCUGAUUUUUCUUUUCAUGUGGGUGAAAGCUUUGUACGUGGCAAAUUCCAUUGGUCAGCUUUUCCUGCUCAACACUUUCCUUGGGACUAAAUUUCAUCUCUUUGGGUUUGAAUUUCUUCGCAAUUUUAUGGACGAGCAGGACUGGACCACGUCUGGCCGAUUUCCCCGUGUUACUCUCUGCGACUUCAAAAUGCGACAGCUCGGAGGGAACAUUCAUCGCUGGACAAUCCAAUGUGUUCUCCCCAUCAACCUUUUUAACGAGAAAAUAUACCUGUUCAUUUGGUUUUGGUUAAUUUUCGUAUCGGCAGUCACGGUGUUUGGCUUUCUUACCUGGUUGGCAGUUUUCUUUGUCGGAGAGCGAAAAGAAUACAUAAAGAAAAACUUAAAACUUAUGGGGGACUAUAACACGAAGGACAAAGACAGGUUUAAAAAGUUUGUUACAGAGUAUCUGAAAGUCGAUGGCGUGUUUGUAUGUAAACUCAUCCAGCGAAAUACAAAUGACGUCAUUGUGUCAGAGUUUGUGGCUGAACUUUGGGACUUCUACAAGAACAAGCCUGAAAACAAAGGCAUGCUGGGAGAAAACCCUGAGGUUGGACAGCCAAUGUUAGAAAAUACCGAGUUUAAAGCAGACUUUAAGGACCCCGACGGAAACUCAUACGCAUGAAUGCGGACAAUAAGUGUAGCAAUAGGUAAUUUAGUUCUGUGUCGCCUUGAUUGUACACUCACGUUGGAGUUUAUGCAUUUGCCCUGAAGUUUGUUUUUAGAACAUUUUCAUAUUAACAAACAGUUCAUAAAAAGUUUGAUGUCCAGGUACAUAUAUCUGGAUUAAAAGUAGUCAAAUAUUCUGCAGCGAAAAUCGCCCCGUCCGUUUAGUAUACCUCAAGAGAUAAAGAUGUGAGAGGCAAACACAUUUCAUUGCAGUAAAUCUUCACAAUGGUUAUCCUAUCAACGACGGUCUACAGUUUUAUUGUCAAAUUAUCGCCUUGCAAAGUUCAGCGAUCAAGUGCUCUCGAUUAAUAGAUGAAGUGCCUCAAAAUGAAGAUUCGUCAAGUGUUUGUGAAAUAGGCACGGUUUAACAUGUGUAGCGCUGAUAAGAUACAUAUGCUGUUAUAUGUAUAUAGUAGUAGUUUACAUGUUUUACGAAAAGUUUGCUAUUUUACCAAUAAAUCAUCGUUUACAUUAGAUUUUUAGGAAAAGAGAGAGUGUAAACCGUCUAAAGCUCACCUCUUUUGUGAACCAGCUUAUGAUGACACUUAGUUCUGAUAUUGCUGUCUUAGGCUCUAUUCCCAUAGAUUUUAGAUCGAUCUAUCCCCGCGGGGAGCCUCACUAGAUUACUUGCAGAUAAU